AUGCGAUUUGAACAAUACCUUUCUAAGAUCUGCUUCAAGCUAGGAAGUCCUACCCGAUAUCCUCGAUAUAGAACGGGACUGCGGAGACCAAAUUUACAUUUUCAGUCACCAAGCUUAUUAUCACUUUCUGGAUUUCAUCCAUUUCGCGCAUAUAGUAUCUUUAAAGGACCUGGAGCCUUGAAAGGCAACUCCCUUUCUACCGUAAAUAUACCUCGAUUUCUGUCUUUUUCGUCGAUCCCGAAAGCUUUUUUCCGCUCUUUACGACUUCCAGUUGCUGGAUUUUCUCUAGUCGCUGGCGGUAUUGCUUAUGUUGGUGCUCAGGUACAGCGCGCCUCUGAUUAUACAAAAGAUGUUUUUGACAGAGCAUUUAACGUUGUAGAUUCUGCUUGGGAUAAAACGAGAGAAGUGGUCAAUGACGCUACGGCCAUAAACUUGCCUGAAAUCCAUAUGCCAGAAUGGAUGGAAAAGAUUCUUCGUCUUGACGAAGAGAGUGUCGAGAAACGUCGCCAAAUGCAGUUACGGAAAGGUCAAGAAAAAAAAAACCAAGCAGGAGAAAGCGGAAAUGAGUCAAGUGGUUCUGGAAAUGAUGACAAUCCUGCGGGUGUUGUGGUCGGUCUCACUGGGGUUGUUGCUUCCAAUCUGACAACUGAUGAAGAAAGCAGUUAUGACAAAUUAAACGAAGACGAAAAGCAAAGGUUAGCGCAAGAAUCUAAAGAUGACCGUAUGAUGAUUUUCACAAAAAAGAUGAUCGAAAUCCGAAAUAUUUUACAUGACAUUCAAGAUGAUAAUAGCCAUAUUACACUUCCAAGCAUUGUUGUUAUAGGUUCACAAAGUAGUGGAAAAAGCAGUGUUUUAGAAGCGAUUGUGGGGCACGAGUUUUUGCCCAAAGGUUCUAAUAUGGUAACAAGAAGACCCAUUGAGCUUACAUUAGUUCAUUCCAAAGAAACCACGACUCCUUAUUGCGAAUUCAAUGGCUUUCAACUUGGACAAAUUACUGAUUUCACAAAAGUUCAGCAGGUUUUGACGGAUAUGAACAUGGCUAUACCUCCUCAUCGAGGAGUGGACGACGACCCAAUUCGUCUUACCAUUUGUGCUUCCCAUAUCCCAAACCUUUCACUUAUUGAUCUACCCGGCUAUAUCCAAAUCCAUUCGUCUGAUCAACCAGUUGAUUUAGACGAUAAGAUUGCUAACUUGUGCGACAAAUAUAUCCAAGAACCAAAUAUCAUUUUGGCGGUUUGCGCAGCAGACGUUGACCUUGCAAAUUCAACUGCCUUGAAAGCGAGCCGACGUGUAGAUCCUUUAGGUCUGCGAACAAUCGGUGUCAUAACAAAGAUGGAUCUAAUUCCUCCCGAGAAAGCUGUUUCUAUUUUACGUAACGAGCAUUAUCCAUUGCACUAUGGGUACAUUGGUGUCAUAUCCAAAGUUCCCCAGUUGAGUAUGUGGUCGCGGAAUCAAAAUUUAACGGAUAUCGUGAGCUCUCGAGAAAGGUCUUAUUUUUCUGCUCAUCCUGAAUUUCGCGAUCUUCCGGUUCUGCCUAUGUUAGGAAUCCAAAAUCUUCGCAAAAACUUGAUUCAUGUACUUGAGUACACAAUGUCAAAGAAUUUACAGUACACUGCUGACUCCAUACGGUCAGAAUUGGAUGAUUGUAGUUACCAAUAUAAAGUUCAAUAUAAUGAUCGUCUUUUAACUGCGGAAUCUUACAUUGCCGAAAACCUUGAUGUUUUGAAGGCUGCAUUUAAGGAACUGUCACAGAAACUUGAUAAAAAUGAAGUUCGUGCGUUGCUUAAAGAAAGUCUAAACGAAAAGACUCUGGACUUGUUGGCUGAAAGAUAUUGGGUGGACGAAAGCAUCCUAGAUUGGACCAAGCAAUCCAAAACAGUCGAUGAACAUUGGCAGUAUAAAUUGGAUAGUUGUGUCUCCCUAUUGACACGUAUGGGUUUGGGUAGGGUAUCUACGUUGCAGGUUACAGAGUUAUUAUCAAGAAAGGUUGAGGAGAUUGCUAAACAGAGUCCCUUUGGAGAGCAUCCUGGUGCCUUGCAGUAUAUUUUAAAUGCUACUCAGGACAUUCUACGAAGAAGAUAUCAUAAUACCUCCGAACAGGUAGAAAAUUGUGUGAAGCCAUAUAAAUUCGAAGUUGAAAUAGAUGACGAAGAAUGGAAAAUCAGUCGCUCAGAAGCCCAGGCACUGAUACAGAAAGAACUUAGCAUGUGCCAAAAUGCAGAAGAGAAAAUAAGAAAGGUGCUAGGCUCUAAAAGACUGUCACAAGUACUUGACUUUUUAGAUUCACAAGCAAAAUCUUCUGAGCCAUUACCGGUUGCUCAUAGCGCGAUAUUGUUGGAUCAGGGUCGAUUGAUGCAGUACUUGCAAAUGCGAGAAGAUAUUUUGAAGCUACGUCUUUCGACUUUGAAGUCCAAAACGUGUAAGUUGAAAGAGUCAAAAUACCUGUGUCCUGAAGUUUUCCUUAAUGCUGUGUCGAAUAAACUAAUAAACACAGCUGUAUUAUUUAUUAAUAUCGAACUGCUUUCCGAAUUCUAUUAUCAAUUUCCUAGAGAAUUAGAUCAACGACUUAUUCAUUCUCUUACUUCUGAUCAGUUGGCAUCAUUUGUGGACGAAAAUCCUCGCCUGAAGUCUCAAAUUCAGCUUCAACAUAAAAAACAAGCUUUGGAAUUGGCUCUGUUGAAAAUCAAUUCUCUCGCGAUGCUUGAACGACAAACGGAUAGUGAUUAA